ACGGUCGUGGAACGCGCGGGCGCGCGCCUGUGCGCGUGUACGUGCGCGCUCUCGCUUGGCGCUAGGAUCCAGAGGGAUGGCGCUUCUCUCUCUCUCUCUCUCUCUCUCUCUCUCUCUCUCUCUCGCUCUCUCCUCCGUACAGUUAGAAAGAGUCAGACUUGAUGUUCGGAUGGAAUAAUGUUUUCUUGACAUUUUAUCUCCUCCGACCAAACAUCGACUUUAUUCUCUGCCAACAUUUUUUUUUUUGUGUUUUUUUUUUGGGUCCACGUGCGUGUCAAAUGUUUCCCGCCGGCCGUCUUCUGUUCAGGAAUAUCGACUGCAGUGGCCGAUAAUAACCUUCAGUAUUGUUCAUCACUUUGACCACCGAAAUUGAAGAAACCCCCCCCACUUUAGUCUGUCAUGUUAACACUCUUGCCGACGUGGAGCCGCUGGAUUGUCUUGCUGCUCGCCUUCUUUCUCCUGCGAACGGACUGUCAUCCUGGUCGUUCUCCCAAGAUGCAGCAGGAACUCCGGAGGCAAUGUGCAGCGUUGACAGGAAGCCAAACUGAGUCCCAUGCACCUCCUGUCCAAGGCCUCCACACUGCCAUGACCGGCGACACGCGACCGCGGAGAGCUGCUACCGAGGAGACCUACUGGGCCUAUUCAGGUACAUACGGACCAGAGGAGGGCUGGGCGUCCGCCUUCCCAGAAUGUAAGGAAAGAAAACAAUCGCCAAUCAAUAUCGUGGACCAGGACACCAAAGUAUCCACUGAGUUCCAGGAACUAACACUAGAGGGCUUCGAUAAGGAAUCUUCAAAUAAGACGACUAUGAAGAACACCGGAAAAACAGUGGCCAUUGUUCUCAAGGAUGAUUAUUUUGUGAGGGGAGCAGGUCUACCGGGAAGAUUUAAGGCAGAGAAGGUGGAGUUUCACUGGGGGCCGAGCAACGGAUCAGAGGGCUCCGAGCACAGCAUCAAUGGCCGACGUUAUCCUGUGGAGAUGCAAAUCUACAUGUACAAUUCCGACGACUUUGACAGCCUCAGUGCAUCACUCAAGGAGAAGAGAAUCAUCGCAGCCAUGGCGGUUUUCUUCCAGGUUGGAGGAAAAGAUAAUCCCGCUGCUGAUCCUAUAAUCCAUGGCUUGAAGGGUGUGGUCCAUCACGAGAAAGAAACGUCUUUGGAGCCUUUUGUCCUGAAGGAUCUGCUGCCGUCCUCGUUGGGAAGCUACUAUCGCUACACAGGCUCUCUGACCACACCACCCUGCAGUAAAAUAGUGGAGUGGCUCAUCUUCAGCAGACCGAUCUACGUCUCGUACAAGCAGUUAGAGGCUUUCUACUCGAUCUUCACCACCGAGCAACAGGACCAUGUUAAAUCGGUGGAAUAUCUGCGCAGCAACUUCAGACCCAUUCAGAGGCUGGACAACCGCCAAGUGUUCAAGUCGGCGAUGAAAGACGUCUGGCAGCACGACCCGUCCAACAACGCCGGUGGGCCUUCUGGCACGGAAGCUUCCAGGGCGUGCAGCAGCGCUCCGUUCAACAUGAAAGUGCGACACGUGAAUGGAAGCGCCCUGGUGGUUCGCUGGGCGCGUCCGGAGGUCAUCUACCACCCGCCCAUCCUCCACUACCUGGUGUCCUACAGCUGGACGGCGCACGAUGACAGCUACGAGGAAACGCACCUCACCGAUGCAAAUCAUAAACUGGAGGCUGUCAUUUCUCCCGUCUCAACCGAUGUGUUGUAUCUCUUUCGGGUUCAGGCUGUCUGCACCAAUGACAUGCGCAGCGACUUCAGUCAGAGCAUGCUCUUCAGAGCAAACACCACGAGGAUCUUUGAAGGUACACGGAUCGUAAAAACUGGAAUGCCUACAGUAUCGCCAGCGUCUUCAGCUGACAUGGCUCCUAUCUCCUCUGGCUCAUCCACCUGGACCUCCUCUGGUAUUCCAUUUUCCUUUGUCUCCAUGGCGACAGGCAUUGGACCGUCCUCCAGCGGUAGUCAAGCAACAGUGGCUUCCGUGGUGACCAGUACCUUGCUCGCCGGCCUUGGCUUCAGCGGGGGGGUCAUCUCCUCUUUCCCCAGCUCGGUCUGGCCGAGCAGAGCGCCAAAAGACAACCGAGAGGUGGCGAGCGACGACGGUGGCAAUAAUAAGGGUCAAGAGGAUGACGAAGACACGGAAGGGGAGGACGGGGAGGAGGAAGAAAAGAGCAAAAACAACAAGAAGCAACAUAAAUCGUCAGUAAAGGAAGAGAGGGGUCUGCCGGGGUGGGGGGCGCAUGGCCAGGGAGAGGAGCAGACCCAACAAAGCAACCAAGAGAGCAAGGCUGGGAAUGAACCCAAUGAUGACGCAGAGGUGAAUGAAGAUUCGAUAAAGAGGCCACAGGCUGGAGAAGACCUGCGGGAGGUCUACUACCUAGUUGACUGUAACCACACCACCAUGGAGAAAGAUCUGGCACCCGAGGGCUCCCCAGUGGCACUUAGCUGGGAAUGCUCACCUUUCUCCAUGUUCACUGGCAAUUCUACUACCAUGAUCAAGCGGCGUCCCCAGGUGAGAGCUGGGUCUCGACUGGACCGCGUGGACUGGAUGGUGGCGUUUAUGGUGGUCUCAGCUCUGUCCUUCCUCUCUCUUGCUCUGCUGCUGGUUCUGCUUACCUACUGGAAACGCUGUUUCCAGUCCGCACAUCUUCAUGUAGAGGACAGUAGUUCACGCCGGGUGAUGGCCAAAGACACAAUCUCCGCCACUUCCAUCCCAGGUGAAGUGGGAGCUAUUCCAGUGCAGCACUUCAGCAAACAUGUCUCCGAGCUCUCCUUGAAUAACUCGCAUGGAUACUCACAAGAUUUUGAGGAGGUUCAGUACUGCACUGCAGAUAUGAAGAUCAAGUCGGAGCACUCCAGCAAUCCAGACAGUAGGCACAAGAACAGAUACAUCAACAUAAUGGCCUAUGACCACAGCAGGGUAAAGUUAAGAAUGCUGGUCGGCAAGGAUUCCAAACACACCGACUACAUCAAUGCCAACUACGUGGAUGGCUACAAUAAGCCUAAGGCUUAUAUCGCAGCUCAGGGCCCACUCAAGUCUACUUUUGAUGAUUUCUGGCGAAUGGUGUGGGAGCAGAACGCCGGCCUUAUUAUCAUGAUCACUAACUUGGUGGAGAAAGGACGGAGAAAAUGCGACCAGUACUGGCCCACGGAGAACAGUGAAAAAUACGGCAACUUGGUAGUCACGCUGAAAAGCACCAACGUUCACGCAUGCUACACUGUGCGGCACUUUGUACUACACAACACAAAAGUGAAAAAGGGUGCAAAGGGGAACACAAAGGCAGGACGGACCCAAAAUGAGCGAACAGUGCUGCAGUACCAUUACACGCAAUGGCCCGACAUGGGUGUUCCUGAGUACACCUUGCCCGUGCUAACAUUUGUCCACAGGUCCUCGGCUGCUCAAACAACCGACAUGGGCCCCAUGGUUGUACAUUGCAGUGCGGGAGUGGGUCGGACAGGUACCUAUAUAGUCAUUGACAGCAUGCUGAAGCAAAUCGAGGACAAGAGCUUGGUCAACAUCCUGGGCUUUCUCAAACACAUACGCACCCAGCGCAACUACCUUGUCCAGACGGAGGAGCAGUACAUAUUCGUCCAUGACGCCCUGAUGGAAUCCAUCUUGAGCCAGGAGACCGAAAUAGCAGCCAAACACCUUCAUCACUUCACAAACACCGGCAUGACCCAAGGACACAGUGCUGCUCGGACACGUGUUGAAAAACAGUUUCAGUUGGUUACAGAGUGCAAUACCAGAUAUACAGAGUGCUGCAGUGCCCAAAAGGAGUGCAACAAAGAGAAAAAUCGAAUUUCAUCUGUGGUGCCAUCGGAGCAAGCAAGGGUAACCUUAGCACCCUUGCCUGGCAUUCAGGGAAGUGAUUACAUCAACGCUUCGUACAUAAUGAGUUACUACAGUAGUAAUGAGUUCAUCAUUACCCAACAUCCUCUGCCUCACACCACGAAAGACUUCUGGAGAAUGAUCUGGGACCACAAUUCACAAAUCAUUGCGAUGCUGCCUGCCAACCAUGGACUGGUAGAGGAUGAGUUUGUUUACUGGCCCAGCUGGGAGGAGACCAUGAACUGUGAAGAUUUUACAGUCACCCUCUCAAACCAAGACACACUCUGCUUGUCCAGCGAGGAACAGAUAUGCAUCCAUGACUUCAUACUGGAAGCUACACAGGAUGACUACGUUUUAGAGGUACGGCAUUUCCAGUGCCCCAGGUGGCCCAAUCCUGACAUGCCCGUCAGCAGCACCUUUGAGCUCAUCGACGUCAUCAGGAAAGAAGCGGCCCUCCGUGACGGACCGACCGUUGUCCACGAUGAGUUCGGAGCGGUAUCCGCCGGGUUGCUGUGUGCCCUCACUACACUGUCACAGCAACUUGAAAGUGAGGGAGUUGUCAAUGUCUAUCAAGUAGUCAAGAUGAUCAACCUCAUGAGGCGAGGAGUAUUCACAGACAUGGAUCAGUAUCAGUUCCUGUACCAAGCCCUCUUCAGCCUCGCCUGCACCAAGGAGAUCACCUUCGGGCCUCUCGACAGGAAAGUUAACAGGACCUUGGCACCCUUGUCCGAUUGGUCUGACAAGGCAGAGAGCAAGGGGUCACAAGUGUAAGCGGUACCCCAGGAGGCCCGAGCUGGACUGAGGGCACCCUGUGGAUCCAAAGAUCUUGCACCCACUCGACUCCUGGAGUGUUCAAAGGAGGCCUUUAAAUAACUAUUGUAGAUAAGACAAUUUGAGGCCUUUUUGCCAGACACUUGGUUAAACUGAAUAAGCGGAUUACUUUUUUAAACUGAUAAAGAAUUUGAUAUUUAUUUUUUUCACCGUCUUCGUGUCCUCCGAUUGAAGGGUUUGCACCUGCGUUUUUUGAGUUUUACACAAGGUACACUAUUGUCUUGUGUUUUUUCACUAUAUAAUGUCAAUGUUACUGCCUAUGCUGAACCCGAAUCGUGGCUCCUCAAGUAGAUUGUUUUAACAUUCCACAACUUUGUUCCCUGCGAAGCCACCUGCUUCUGUGAAGGACAUUGACAGUGGAUUGAGGCGGUCAAACUGUUCUCCCCCUCAAUGACUAAAUGCUGUUUGACUACAGCAGGGAUGAGCAACCCGUGGCUCUUGAGCCUCUUUGUUGUGUAUUUCUGGAGUGGUGGUAAUGUGCAUUUUUACAAAUUUCGACUGUCUGUUAAGUCAUGCUUGAGUUUGACUGCCAUUGGAUACGCUCUAGGAAGGCAGGGUGUGUGUGCUGUGAGACGUCUGCAAAAAGAGAGAAGUCAACUUUUUGAGUGCGUGACCCCCGCAGUAAGCUAACCAUGAAUACAUACCGAAAAAGAAACAUUUCAGAAGAAAAUAGAGUUUAAUUCUGCAUGGACGGAUUCUUUUGUCUUCAUCAUUCAAUCAAUCAAAGUUUAUUUAUAUAGCCCUAAAUCACAAGUGUCUCAAAGGGCUGCACAAGCCACAACGACAUUCUCGGCUCAGACCCCACAUAAGAGCAAGAAAAAACUCAAUCCAAUGGGAUACAAUGAGAAACCUUGGAGGGGACCGCAGAUGUGGGACUGGUGCAAUGGACGUCGAGUGGAUCUAGUUAAUAGUGUGAAAGUCCAGUCCAUAGUGGGGCCAGCAGGGGAUCAUCUUGAGAGGAGACAAGUCAGCAGCGCAGAGAUGUCCCCGACUGAUGCACAGAUGAGUGGUCCACCCCGUGUCCCGACUUUGAACAGCUAGCGCUGCAUCUGUGGUCACCUAAUAACCUCUCCACGCAGGAGAGGGUGCAGAGCGGAAAAGAGAUGGCAGAUCAACUGGUCUAAAAGGGGGUCUAUUUAAAGUCUGGCGCAUACAAAUUAGUUUUAAGAUGGGAUUCAUUGUCAUUGAUGCUGCUUUGCCUGUGUGCUUGAUAUGUGGUGAGAAACAACAGUGAGUAUUCGCAAUUAUCCAGGUUAAUAUAUUAUUGCAUUGCGUUGAAUCGGUCAUUACUCGACUUUUGAAGUUGUCUUUGACAACCUUUUGCGUCUCAUUCAAGCAGACUUCAUCGGUUGAUACUGAAAGACGAUAGAACAGCACUCUCUCUCCUCGGACAUCUGUGAAGGUAUCCCGAACAAUCCAGUUGUGAUCGAUUCAAAGAAAGAGAAGAAACAUUUACGUUGAAAGACAUCUUAAAAAGAAGUCCUGAAAAGUUGAAAUUAGUUCCAAAGUAGGCCUACAGCAGGCUCAACCCGGUACCAUAAACCUACUGACUAACAGUAAGUCAUAAAAAAGGGCUACACAAAAAAAUUGCUUUACACUAUCAAUUAAUUUUUCUAAGUUUAACGAGCUGCAUUACAAACAAACGCUGCCAUUGAACUCAAAGAACCACUCUGACCUGUCAUUGGCCGACACUUCCUCCUCACUCUCCCGUUCUCCAGCGAGGCCUAGCCAUCCAAGGAGAGUUACCCACACUGCCCCGAUUCCCGCUGUUGAAGACCAGCACCACCUGCAGUCAUUCAUCCCUUUGCAGGAGUGGCGAUCACAUUAGUUUUAUUAAGUGUAUUUAUGUAUGUAUUUAUUUGACCGGGACAGACUUCUAGCCACAGGCUAAUUUGCAACCCUUGUCCCUGGUUAGGCUUUUAAAGAAUAGUUGAGAAAAGUUUAAAACACAUACAAAAGGAUUAAGACAAGUACAAAAAUAAAAACACAUUGAACAUAAUUGGCCCCAUUUGUGCAUACUACACCCAGUUCUAGUGCUCACACUUCUGAUUUUCCUUAAGCCACUUUUUCAGUUUUGUGGAGAAAAGUUCAAUGUCCGACUGUGACUUUAACUCCAGUGGCAAAGAGUUCCACAGAUGUGAGACCUUCACUGAGAACGCAGACUGACCCAGAGUGGUCGGGCACCUUUUCACUCUGCAGCUUCCACCAACUGCAGCUCGAGUCUGCACACCUUCACUACUGUAUCUUUGUAUUUCUUCACUCAUCACAUCAGGAGCUAAUCCAUUAAGACACUUAAAGGCCUACUGAAACCCACUACUACCGACCACGCAGUCUGAUAGUUUUUAUAUCAAUGAUGAAAUCUUAACAUUGCAACACAUGCCAAUACGGCCGGGUUAACUUAUAAAGUGCAAUUUUAAAUUUCCCGCUAAACUUCCGGUUGAAAACGUCUAUGUAUGAUGACGUAUGCGCGUGACGUCAAUCGUUGAAACGGAAGUAUUCGGACCCCAUUGAAUCCAAUACAAAAAGCUCUGUUUUCAUCUCAAAAUUCCACAGUAUUCUGGACAUCUGUAUUGGUGAAUCUUUUGCAAUUUGUUUAAUGAACACUGAAGACUGCAAAGAAGAAAGUUGUAGGUGGGAUCGGUGUAUUAGCGGCGGACUACAGCAACAUGAGAUGGAUAGCAGACGCGCUAGCCGCCGACCUCACCUUGACUUCCUCCGUCUCCGGGCCGCCGACCGCAUCUAUGAUCGGCUGAAGUCUUUCGUCGCUCCGUCGAUCGCUGGAACGCAGGUGAGCACGGGUGUUGAUGAGCAGAUGAGGGCUGGCGUAGGUGGAUAGCUAAUGUUUUUAGCAUAGCUCUGUGAGGUCCCGUUGCUAAGUUAGCUUCAAUGGCGUCGUUAGCAACAGCAUUGUUAAGCUUCGCCAGCCUGGAAAGCAUUAACCGUGUAGUUACAUGUCCAUGGUUUAGUAGUAUUGUUGAUUGUUUGUCUAUCCUUCCAGUCAGGGGUUUAUUUCUUUUGUUUCUAUCUGCAUUUAAGCACGAUGCUAUCACGUUAGCUCCGUAGCUAAAGAGCUUCGCCGAUGUAUAGUCGUGGAGAUAAAAGUCACUGUGAAUGUCCAUUUCGCGUUCUCGACUCUCAUUUUCAAGAGGAUAUAGUAUCUGAGGUGGUUUAAAAUACAAAUCUGUGAUCCACAAUAGAAAAAGGAGAAAGUGUGAAAUCCAAUGAACCCUUGUACCUAAGUUACGGUCAGAGCAAAAAAAGAUACGUCCUGCACUGCACUCUAGUCCUUCACUCUCACGUUCCUCAUCCACAAAUCUUUCAUUCUCGCUCAAAUUAAUGGGGUAAUCGUCGCUUUCUCGGUCCGAAUCGCUCUCGCUGCAUUGUAAACGAUGGGGAAAUGUGAGGAGCCUUUCAACUUGUGACGUCACGCUACUUCCGGUACAGGCAAGGCUUUUUUUAUCAGCGACCAAAAGUUGCGAACUCUAUCGUCGAUGUUCUCUACUAAAUCCUUUCAGCAAAAAUAUGGCAAUAUCGCAAAAUGAUCAAGUAUGACACAUAGAAUGGAUCUGCUAUCCCUGUUUAAAUAAAAACAAUUCAUUUCAGUAGGCCUUUAAAAAUAGCUUUUAAAAAUGAGAAAUGUAUCCAUCCAUCCAUCCAUCCAUUUUCCUCCGCUAAUCCGAGGCCGGCUUGCGGGGGCAGCAGCCUAAGCAGGGAAGCCCAGACUUCCCUCUCCCCAGCCACUUGGUCCAGCUCCUCCCGGGGGAUCCCGAGGCGUUCCCAGGCCAGCUGGGAGACAUAGUCUUCCCAACGUGUCCUGGGUCUUCCCCGUGGCCUCCUCCCAUUUGGACGUGCCCUAAACACCUCCCUAGGGAGGUGUUCGGGUGGCAUCCUGACCAGAUGCCCGAACCAACUCAUUUGGCUCCUCUCGAUGUGGAGGAGCAGCGGCUUUAAUUUGAGCUCCUCACGGAUGUGCCCUUAACACCUCCCUAGGGAGGCGUUCGGGUGGCAUCCUGACCAGAUGCC